AUGAGACGGAGGAACCAAUUUGGGGGAACACAUAUUAGGACGCAAGGGUUUUAUAAGUGGCACACAAAGUGUUCCUCCAAAGAGGGAAGUGGACAGAAAAGAAAGAAUGACAAGGACAUGUUAAUGCACCGACCACCUUUGUGUUCCUUAACCGACGAGGUUUCGGCUGAAGCGCACCGCCCCAACCCACUACGUUAUAUUUGGGGAAAAUGGGGAGGCAGAACUGUUCACUUGGGUGGUAUCACUGUGCACAAGAGGGUUGGCACUUUGAGGGACUUUGAAGAAGCAAAUGGAGAAGGUGAAGAGGUUGGUGUUUGGUGUGGGAAAGAAGCCUGCAGUUGA